GCGCGCGCGCAGGCGCGGGAGUGAGGGCUGUGACGGAGUGCGCGCAUGCGCCGACCCCCUCGCGCGCGUGAAAGCCGACCAUGAGGAGCUCGCGUGCCUUUGGCGGCGGCGGUUGUUCGGACUCCGCGGGUAAAGAUGAGUUUAUUAGCAUUCGAAGGAGAGACUUGGAGAGGCUGACGACGGAGAUAAUGCAGAUGAAGGACUUUCUGCUUAAGACUGUUAACAGAGAAUUCCUGGAGAGCUUUCAGAAAUUGGAGCUCGUUGAAGCAAAUAUAGAGAAGAAGGAACAGGAGAAUGAACAGUUACGCUUAGAUUGUGAUCAUUUUAAAGCUAGAUUGCAAACAGCACAGGCAGACUGCCAAAGGGAAAGAGAGGAGAAACUGGCAAUAAGACUACAGUUAAAUGAAGCAAGACAUCAAUUGCUUCAGCAAGCUGAAUAUUGCACAGCGAUGGGUGCAGCAGUCUGCACGCUGCUCUGGAGUGUCUCCAGCAAAGAAGAGUCUGUUAAAAUCAUACUUGGAGGGAGCAAAGCAGUAAAGUUUUUCAAUAUUGUGGGACAAACGAUAGAAAGUUUUGUGAAAUCUCUAGAUGGCGACAUCAAACAGCAACAGGACUUGAAUUCGGAUGAAAAUCAGUUUGUUCUGGCGAUGACAGGAAUUGUAACAAAUGUGGCUGCUGUGGCUUGUGGCCGGGAAUUUCUGAUUAACUCUGCUCAAGUGUUGCUGGAGACCCUGUUACAGCUACUUGCAGAUAUGAAGGCUGGUCUCUGCACAAAACUCAAAGUAUUAAUGCUGAUGUGUCUGUACAAUGUAAGCAUUAACUUGAAAGGAGUGAAAUAUAUCAGUGAGAGUUUGGGCUUCAUUCCCCUCUUGUCUUGGCUUCUGGAGGAAACAUCACAUGAAAUUUCCAAAUUAUGGAAAGAGCAGGUGGGCCAGAUGAAAUGGAAGGGUGGGGCAGAUGAAAUCAGACUGCUGGCCGGAUGUUGGAUCACCCUGAAUUAUCUAUCGGAAUAUACAAGUAUAUUUUUAUUUAACAAAAAUCCAGAUGCAGAAGUGUGUUUACAUGUUCUGCGACUCAUUCAGUCUCUGAUUCUUGAGCCAGAGGUUUUCUCCAAAGUGGCAACUCAGAUCCGCCAAUCUCUGCCUCACCGGCGCAUUCUGGAACUCGCCAACAACCGUAACCCUGACCUCCGCAAUACAGCAAGCGAGCUGCUGGAGGAUAUGAAAAUGGUUAACAUUGGAGUAUAGCCUGCUUGAUUUGUGUCCAGAUCUAUUUCUGAGAGUAUAUAUUGGGAAUCCAAUGUGCAAAAAAAAAACAACUUGCAGUUAGUAAUUCAAGUCAACCUGCUCUAAGCUAUAGAUAUGCGGAGGUUACCUUGCAAGGGUAUUGUGGAUUGAUGCAAGAAUGCAGAGCUGUGAAAUUGAUGUUAAAAAGAUGUGCCAACAUUUUUCCUCACUACUUUUCCCUCCAUUACCCACACUUGUACCUGGUUGACCACCUAUAAAGUAAACUGAUCACAGGAUCUCGCAGUCGUUAAAAGUUUUAUGAGUAAGGUGACUUGGUCACUGAGUUUCUCCCCUAGUUUUGGAGACUGCCAGUUUGUACAGAAAUUUGUGUGGGAUUGUGAAAUGUACUGUAGUUGUAUUCAUUGAAACAGGUUAUUGCAGCACUGCACAACUGCUGAGAGAAUUUUUCAAAA